AUGGUAUACUCGGUACUAAUGGCGGUCAUAUUCAUCACCCAACUGGUCCGGUCGGGCACGUGGUUCUUCAUGUGCGUCCGCGCGUCAGUCAAUCUCCAUAACCGUGUAUUCGGACGACUCAUGCGAACGUCCAUCGCUUUCUUCGAGACCAAACCCAUCGGCCGAAUACUAAACCGAUUCACCAAAGAUAUGGGUGUUGUCGACGAACAGUUGCCCACAGUUUCCUAUGAACUCAAUCAAAUCUUCGCGCAGAUAAUCGGUUCCGUAAUUGUGGUCUCAAUAGUGAAUCCAUAUCUCAUAAUUGCGUCCAUUUUCCUAAUCGCUAUUAUUUUGGUCAUCCGAUGGCUGUAUCUGAAGACCGGACGAGAUAUUAAGCGUUUUGAAGGCAUCGCCCGGAGCCCUCUCUACGACCACAUGACCACAACGCUGAGCGGUUUGCCGACAAUCCGUGCCUUCAAAGUGCAGGACCUGUUUCUUCGGCAGUAUUAUCGCCAUCAGAACGAUCACACGUCCGCUUAUUUCAUGUGUAUCUCCGCCUCAAGAGUUUUAGGUGAUCACCCAAAGCGGUUCCGCCGCACCUUUGCCUAUGGUGUGACAAUGGACUGGCUGUGUGUGUCGUACCUCUUCUGUGUGACACUAUUUCUGAUGGUCUAUCAUAAGGACCUGGAGAGUGGCAGCGCUGGUCUGGCCUUCACUCUGGCCAUGGGUUUGGCGGGAAUGGCUCAGUGGGGGGUCCGGCAGUCGGCCGAAUGCGAGACUCAAAUGGUGUCCGUCGAGCGUAUUGUCGAGUACAGCGGUCUCGAGCCGGAGACCGAGCUUACAGACAGCCUACAGUCGCCGCCCCGGGAGUGGCCACAAACCGGUCGCAUAGAGUUUGUAGACGUGUCCCUCCGGUACCCGAAUCGACCGGAACCGACCCUAAACGGCCUAAACAUGGUGUUUACGGGCGGACAACGGGUGGGUGUUGUCGGCCGGACGGGCGCCGGCAAGAGUUCACUGGUGGCCGCGCUAUUUAGACUACACCCGACCGGUGGCCGUAUACUCAUCGACGGCGUCGACCACCGGACAGUACUAGUCGGCGAACUCCGGCGCCAGUUGUCUGUCGCACCGCAGGAAGCGAUAGUCUUCGGCGGCUCUGUCCGUCAUAAUCUGGACCCGUUUGACGAGCACCGGGAGGACCGGCUAUGGGAGGCGUUAGAGGCCGUACAGCUCCGGCAGGCGGUGCUGGAAAUGCCCGCACAGUUGGGCCACGAGUUGACGGACGGCGGCGCCAAUCUAUCUGUAGGUCAGCGCCAGUUGCUAUGUCUGGCGCGGGCUAUACUGCGCCGCUCCCGCAUCCUUGUGCUCGACGAGGCGACCGCUUCGGUCGAUCCCGAGACCGAUGCGCUCAUACAGCGGGCCAUUGGCCGCCAUUUCGCCGCCGCAACUGUACUCACAAUAGCCCAUCGGCUGCACACUGUUAUCGACUCGGAUCAGGUGCUGGUGAUGGACGCCGGGAGGGCUGUAGAGUACGGGCCGCCACACGAGUUGUUGGCCUCGAGUGAGGGAGUGUUUUACGGUUUGGUCGCACAGACGGGUCGGCAAAUGGCCGGCGAGUUGUGCCGCGCGGCCAAACAGGCUUAUGACGAACGCCGGUCGGCCUCGGGUGACCACCGACUAGACUAG